AUGUCCGCUGAAUUUAGAUAAAAGAGAGAUUUUGAAAUAAUAAUAAUAAGCGCCAAUAAGAUAAAGAGGUAAGCUAAUUAUUCUUCUUAAGGAGGGGGUUUUAACUGUUGUUAAGCUUAACAAUAUAUGAAAGGACGUUAAGCUAGCUUUUAGGGGAUGUUUAAAUGGUGCUUUAUAUGUUUAUAUAAUGCUGAAAUAAUGAACAACUAUACGAAUUAAGCUAUGUAGAAUACUAAUAGAAUAAUCAUACUGAUUUCAGUCGUCACUUAAAUGCUUAAAGUAGAGAUUUCUUAUCCAUAACGAUUAUGA